CGGCGCGUCCCGUCCCGUCCUCCCGCCGCCGCCUCCUCCUCCUCCACCUGCUGCCGCUGCGCCAGUAGCCGGCUGGGGGGAGCCGCCCGCCUCAUCCCCGCGGGGCCCCUUUGUGCUGCUGCUGCUGCUCCAGAGCUGCCCUCAGCCAGGCGGCGGGUGCGUCACGGCCCAGGCGCUGCGGCCGCCCAGAGUCACCCCGCGGAGGGAGAGCCGCCGCCUCGCCCCCCCCCCCCCGCUCCGCCAUUGCUGCGCGGGCCGCGGCGGAACGACGCCUCGCCGCCCCCGAGGAAGGGCCGGGAGCCGCGGCGGUGAGUGGCGGGGCCGCUGUCUCGCACCUCGCCGUCCCUCGCGGAAGGGCCGGGAGCCGCGGAGAAAAUCCCUCUAUCCUGGAAGAAUGGUGAAACUGGGGAAUAAUUUCAGCGAGAAGAGCACAAAGCAGCCCCUUUUGGAGGAUGGAUUUGACACCAUCCCCCUGAUCACACCCCUAGAUGUCAAUCAGCUCCAGUUCCCACCUCCUGAUAAGGUUGUGGUCAAAACGAAAACAGAAUAUGAACCUGAUCGCAAGAAGGGAAAGUUCCGUACUCCUAAAAUAGCUGAAUUCACAAUCAGCAUCACUGAAGGGGUUUCAGAAAGAUUUAAGGUAACUGUGCUGGUCCUUUUUGCCCUUGCAUUCUUAACGUGUGUUGUAUUUCUGGUAGUCUACAAGGUUUACAAGUAUGAUCAUACCUGUCCAGAAGGAUUUGUUUUCAAGAAUAAUCAAUGCAUUCCAGCUGGGUUGGAAAACUACUACUCCGAGCAAGACUCCAGUGCUCGAGGGAAAUUUUACACAGUCAUAAACCACUACAAUCUGGCCAAACAAACCAUCACGCGCUCAGUGUCCCCAUGGAUGACAGUACUGUCAGAAGAGAAACUAUCUGAACAGGAGACUGAAGCCGCUGAGAAAUCAGCUUAGUAUGAUAAGCUAAUUAUUAACACUAUGUCAUUUGAAGGUAACUAAGGGACUUUAAGGAACUUUUCAUUAAAUAUAAUUAUGGAUAAUUUAGAGGUUACUCAUGUUUAUGGUGCAAUUGCUUCUGUUUGCUGAUACUGCUUUGCAAAAAAACCAAAAAAACUUGCUGCAGAACAUUCAUGGGCAUAAAACAAGGUGCAUAUCAGCAUUGCUUUAGAGCUUGGACACCAUUUUCAAUGUUAAAAAAAAAAAAUCCAAUGUUAGAUAUGUUCUUGCAGUUUAUUGGAUACUGACAGAUUUCUUCACUGGAUUUUUGGGGCUUGGACCUUAGAUAAAUCAUGUGUUCUGUUGUCUGAACUGAUACUUUAUUUAUUAAUUAUUUUAAUUCUUUGUCAUUUUGCAAACUGAAACACCCCAGCCAUAACUAGAGUGAUCUCUUGUUUAGCUGAAAGCUAUAUUAAAUAUUUAGUUUUGGCUCAAGCAAGAAUGAUAGUCAGCGUUGAUGUCAAGGGCAUAAUGUAAUGACUUGUAUGGAGAAAGAAACUGUCAGGUAGCAUUUUUCUUACAUUUUCUUUACUGUUGUUUAUUUGUAAGUGAUAAUGAAGUUCUCUGCAACAAGGCAUGCUCAAUGUUUUAUUAUUGCUGUCAACAGGAUUUAACUGCAUUUCCACUGUGGCUUUAGCAUCUUGGUAAGGAUGUGCACUGAAACACAAACUAGAUAGACAUUAUGGAAAAACACGGACAGUUUUAGUGAUUGAUGUUGAGGAAAGUGUAAAAAAUAUACAGUUCAGGAUGUUCUAACGAGAAAUGACAUCUUUUGAUCAUACUUGAGGCAGAAAGCCUAUUCAUAGUAGAUGUAGUCCAUUAUGUAAUCUGAUGGAUACAACCGAGGGAGUAAUAUGUCUAAAUUUUCUCUUCCAUUACAUUAACAUUUUCCUUUUUUAUUAAUUAGAGGUUUCAGUUUAUGUAUGGUUUGCAGUUUGAUACUUUUUAAAACACAGAGCAUCACAAGUAAAACAAUAGCAUAUUAGGUAACACAGCUGGCUGUUUUAAAGCUACAUGUGAACCAGAGUGAAGAGUAGAACUGUUUAUGUAUGGCUUGGGAGGGGAAAACACGUAGGAGAACAUAGUAUUGUGGAUGCACGUUAAAGUUCCAUUGUAAUUACAAACUUAUCUAUUCUUUGUGUGAAACCAUGUUUUCAUUUUUAUUAUAAAUCUUAAAUAUAUAUUACAAAAAAGACAUUAAUUUAACAGACAAAGUAAGUGUGUGAAACAUCUGGGCAAGCAAGUCACCUUUUUGUUCAUGUAACUUGAAUGGGACAAGGUGUAGUGGACAUGUCAAAAGUUCCUUUUUUUUUUUUUGGUAGAGACUAUACAAAAAUGAAGGGCAAACAUUGGUACGGGCUGUUUCUGAAGAUUGGUAGUAGAACAAACACGUUCAGCUCUACUUUUAUUUUUCUCCAGUAGAACUGCUUUAUCAGCAACCUUUUUUACCAAUACAGUAAAAAUAACCAUUAUUACUUAAUUCUCUAGGUUUGAUAUGAAAUGUGCAUUACACAGUGUAUCUGUAAAAGGCUUUUUAUUAAGUCAUUAUGGUAUGUGGAAUGCAUAAAAAGCAAUAAAUUAUGUGCCAAAUUUUUCUUUGCAUUUAAAAAUUUCAAGCUUAAGAUACUCAAAACAUACCAUGUUUGCAUUUUCUAAUAGGCAUAUGCUUCAGUGAGUGUAAUUAAUUCACAUGUAACUUUUGACAUUUUCACUCUGCAAAGUAAAGAAUAAGGAUGAUGCUGCUUGUUGCAUAUAAUGUAUAGAAAUGUACAUUUCAGAAGAGAGAUAGCAAAACACACAUUUCAUAUCAACAUAUUUACAGAGGACAUUCAGAUUUUACAGGAUGGAAAGAUCUGUUCCCCAAGACUGUCCUACAUAGAAGUGAUUCAUGAUACAUCUCCUCCCCUUAAAUUUAGGACAAUAAAAACUUUAAUGCACAAGUAAA